GAGCCCACGGCGGGCUCCCCCGCGCUCCCACCCCCAGCGCCUGCGGAGAAUGAGCACCUCGGGCCGCCGAGCGCAGCGGGAGGAGAAGCCCCGAUGAUCUGGUGCUGAGCUCGCGCCGCGACCAUGUCGGUGGCCUUCGCGUCCGCCCGGCCGAGAGGCAAAGGGGAGGUCACGCAGCAGACUAUCCAGAAGAUGCUGGAUGAGAACCAUCACCUGAUUCAGUGUAUCCUGGACCAUCAGAGCAAGGGCAAGACGGCCGAAUGUGCCCAGUACCAGCAGAUUCUGCACCGGAACCUGGUCUACCUGGCCACGAUUGCGGACUCCAACCAGAAUAUGCAGUCCCUGCUGCCCGCCCCGCCCACCCAGAACAUGAACCUGGGCCCCGGAGCGCUGUCCCAGAGCGGCGGCAGCCAGGGCCUGCAUUCCCAGGGCAGCCUCAGUGACGCCAUCAGCACCGGCCUCCCCCCCGCCUCCCUCAUGCAGGGCCAGAUCGGCAACGGUCCGAACCAUGUGACCUUGCAGCAGACAGCACAGAGCACGCUGCCCACAACCUCCAUGAGCAUGUCCGGCAGCGGCCACGGCUCCGGGCCCGGCUACAGCCACUCCGGACCCUCCUCGCAGAGCGUGCCCCUGCAGGGCCAAGGUGCCAUCAGCAACUACGUGUCACGGGCCAACAUCAACAUGCAGUCCAACCCAGUGUCCAUGAUGCAUCAGCAGGCUGCCUCGUCCCACUACAACUCGGCGCAGGGCGGGAGCCAGCACUACCAGGGCCAGCCCAUCGCCAUGAUGGGCCAGAGCGGGCAGGGGAGCAGCAUGAUGGGGCAGCGGCCCAUGGCACCUUACCGGCCCUCCCAGCAAGCCCGCCUGCCCGCAGGCUCGUCGCAGCAGUACCUGGGCCAGGAGGAGUACUACGGGAGCGAGCAGUACGGCCACGGCCAGGCAGCGUCGGAGCCGCUCAGCCAGCAGUACUACGCUGAUGGGCACAGCGAUUAUGCCUAUCAGCAGACGUCCUACUCAGAGCAGAGCUACGACCGGUCCUUCGAGGAGUCCACGCAGCACUACUAUGAGGGCGGGAACUCCCAGUACAGCCAGCAGCAGGCAGGCUACCAGCAGGGCACAGCCCAGCAGCAGGCGGGGUACCAGCAGCAGUACCCCAAUCAGCAGAGCUACCCGGGCCAGCAGCCAGGCUACGGGCCGGCCCAGGGAGCCCCCUCACAGUAUUCCAGCUACCAGCAAGGACAAGGCCAACAGUACGGGAGCUAUCGGACGUCGCAGACUGGCCCGUCCGCGCAGCAGCAGCGGCCGUACGGCUAUGAGCAGGGCCAGUAUGGGAAUUACCAGCAGUAAGGACAGCGUUCUUGUGGAGCCUUGCAGCGGUGUGUCCAUUUGGCAUGGACGGACCUGUGGCGGUUCUGACAGACUGUGGCCCAUCAGUUCCCCCUUUGCCCCACAUGUGUCGCAUGUGAAGUGUGCACAUUUCAUGCUGGGUAUGACGCCGAGUGUGCCAGAGGCUUGGGACUGCACACCGAUGGUGUGAUCUACCUGGUGCUGAGUAUGACCACGUGGUGAAUGGAGACGUUGAUGUUUCUAGCUAGCUUUAGGGUGCUCUUGCCGUCGGAGUAUUCUGUGCCCAGCGACGGAAAUCUGUAAGAUGCCAUAGUCAGUGUGUCAUGUAAACAGGUCGUAGGUCCAGCUCUCCUCACGCAGGGUCACAUGGGUUGUAAAGCUGUCACUGGGACCCCGCAGCUGGACAUGCUCACACAGCCCUGGGUGCAGCCUCUUCCCGGCCUCAGUGGGGAGGGGCUUUGUCUGUGUUUGGGGUCUGUUUCUUGUUUCUUUUAAAGGCUGCGUAUGUUUCAUGCGGAGAAGCUGCGAACAGCCAGGUACCUCUCGGAGUUCAUUACCUAUGUCUCUCACUGAGUCCAUCUAUCCAAAAAGUGACCUGCUCUCCUUUUAAAGUGUGAAGCUGCAGAUACGAGUCCAUGAAGGCAGCCAUCUUUAGCCUAUCCCCAGGAGGCAGUGCCAGCGGGCAGAGGAGCUUCUCUGACAUGGCUUGGGCUCCAGCCCAUGUUUACCUGAUGGUCAUUCUGGGGGUUUGGACAUUAAAUGUGCCCAUUCUAAAUUUUUCCACACAGUUGGCAAGUUCGCUUUGUUAUUUCUUCCGGGACUGCUCGUGUAGGUCUGCAGGCAAGCCUCCUUUUCUUUUAGGGACGUCUGAAAUGCACGCCUCAUUUUAAAAAGAACCCCACUGAAGGUAUUGUGGUGUUCCUAGUGAAAAGGAAAGUUUUUACAUAGAGAAAUGUGAAUAAUUUUUACGUUCCCAGGAUGUUAAAUCCUAUUUAAAUUCUCGGCAAGCAUUACUGAUAGCUCACUUGGAAAAGGCUGGUCAGAGGAAAAAAAAAAUCCUACUUUCACUAAGUAAUACUGACAUUUUAUCAAUCUCAACUUGGGUGAUUCCUGCUUUUACUGUGAAUUCUUUAAGAACAUCUUUGGGUGAAUGCUGACAUUUCCAAGAACAACCAAGAAAAUACAAAACAUAUCCAAUUCUUGAUAUAUCAGCUAUACUAAGAUAGAAGCGUUUAUUUUAGAGGUAUAUUGGUUUUAAAAACCCUAAACACUUGUAAGGGCUUAAAAAUAUAUAUCUAUAUUAAGUGGCUGAGAUGAGAGUUCUUAUUUGGUAAAUGACACAGACAUUAGUAGUGUCAUCUCCUUUGAUUUUGUUUUGUUCUUCCCUGACAGUUGUCAUAAAACUAAUUUGUAGACACAAUCAGGAACUAAAAUUUCCCAUUGAAAAUGUUAAACAUUUUAGAUAACAGUGAAACUAGGUUAUUUUUAUUUCUUGCUAUCCUGGGAAUAUGCCUUUUAUGUGUGUAGGUUGGCUUUUUUUAAAUGAACACUUUUUUGAAAGAAAAGGACACUUGAAAGUUAUCCUGAAACUUCAAACUGAAAUGUCUUACAUUAAGAAUUUCUUGAAUGUUGUGUAUAUAUUUUAAAAAGCACUUUGUGAAAUAGUUUGUACAUUUAUUUCCUUAUUUAUACAUGAUUUUUGGUGUUAAUAUAUUUAAGGAGUAAUAACAGAAUGUUUAUUUAAUGCAGGGGUGGGGAACGUCUGGCCCAAGGGCUGUAUAAGGUCCGAGAAAUCAUUGGGUCUGGCCCUGCCAAGGCAAUCAGGGGGGAGUUAAUUAAAUGUUUGACCAAAUAGAGCAGGCUGAUUUUUAAGUUGAUAAUUUUGCAUGGCCUGUGAAUGAUGUUAUAAAUACCCAGAUGGCCAUUGGCAGGAAAAAGGUUCCCACCCCUCGUUUAAUGUGUUGUCUGUGUUUAUGUGACAUUGUAGAGAAAAAGUGAUGCCAGCAAUUCGUUGUUGUUAGCUGUGUAAUAUUUUCUCUUCUGUGAUGUGACUGUUUGCAAAAAUUAGGCUAAAAUGAACUGUCUGUGCAGUGGGCGGGCUUUGUUUUUAUGAUUACUUCUGCAGGUCAAUGCGAGGCAGAGGGAGAUGUGGGAAGGGGUGCUGGUCCUGCCUUCUGUUGUUCCUGACACUCAGCAGGUCUUGAACUUGAAAAAUGACCUCAGUUUUCAGAAGUGCCGACAAAUUCAUACUGGUGUGCAAAAGCUCAGCACCCAUUGGGGUUUGUUUGGGAUCCACAGGUGCUGAAAGUACUUGGAACUCAUGUGGAGAAUCGGGGGCCUCACAUCGAGGUGUGCAUGGUCUCCAGACCCUCCAGGGACGCCUUCCUGUGCUCCUGCUGUUGGAGCCUAAGUGGGCCUCGGAGUUUGCCAACGUAUAUAUGUAUUUGAAUAUUGGGCACCCGCUCAGAAUUGCACAAAAUGGAAGACCAUUUUCAUUUCCAUUUUAAAAUGUUUAGCCAUUACUUCAUUUCUACUUACUGAACAGGUCAAACUCAUCUGUGAGCACAGGACUUUUUCAGAGAUCAUCCUUAUUGUGUGUUUUUUUCCAGCCGGCAGAGUUUGGUGUAUAAAUUGUUUAUGCUUUUGGUGUAAUUAAUAAACUGUUUCUUCAAAAGUCA